AUGGCUACCGAACUGACCGUCCAGAGCGAGCGUGCUUUCCAGAAGCAGCCGCAUAUCUUUCUCAACAGCAAGACCAAGGUCAAGUCCGCCCGUCCGGGUAAGGGUGGCCGGAGAUGGUACAAGGACGUUGGCCUGGGUUUCCGUACCCCCAAGACUGCCAUUGAGGGCCAGUACAUCGACAAGAAGUGCCCCUUCACCGGCCUCGUCUCGAUCCGUGGCCGUAUCCUGACCGGCACCGUCGUGUCGACCAAGAUGCACCGCACCAUCAUCAUCCGCCGCGAGUACCUCCACUACAUCCCCAAGUACAACCGGUACGAGAAGCGCCACAAGAACCUCGCUGCGCACGUGUCGCCGGCGUUCCGUGUUGAGGAGGGUGACCAGGUCACCGUUGGCCAGUGCAGGCCCCUGAGCAAGACUGUGCGUUUCAACGUUCUCCGUGUGCUUCCCCGGACCGGCAAGGCGGUCAAGAAGUUCAGCAAGUUCUAA